GCGGGAGGGGGGGGAGGAGGAGAGGGGCGGAUCGAUUCCCCAUCCCCCACCACCUACCGGCGGACCUCCCCCUCCCCGCUGCUUGAAGGCCCCGAGGGCUCCCUGGAAGAGGUGACCGCUUUCACCUUGCCCUGCUCCCUCACCCGCUUCGGCCAGCCCUUGGAAAGACCGGGACACCGAGGGGUGCGCGAAGGGGGGUGGGGGUGGGGAUGCUGAUGACAUCUGGGCCCGUCUCCUCCUGCUGCCCCCCGCCCCCAGCCAUGGGCCUCCGGAGCUCCCCGGGAGCAGUCGGGGCUGCCCCCCACCUUAGCACGUGGGGUUCAGCCCGCUGGGGGCCCGCCUGAGCCCAGCCGCCCCCGUGUCCCAUGGAGGAAGAGGAGGACGGUGGGGAGGGCCCAGCCCUGCGGGGGCCCGAGGAGUGGGGCCUGGGCCCCGACGCCCCUGCGGCCGCCGGGCCCCUGUGGACCGCCGUGUUCGACUACGAGGCUGCGGGAGAGGAGGAGCUGACGCUCCGGAGGGGAGACCAGGUGCGGGUGCUGUCCCAGGACUGGGCUGUGUCCGGCGAUGAGGGCUGGUGGACCGGGCAGCUUCCGGGCGGGCGCGUGGGCGUCUUCCCCAGCAACUACGUGGUGGCUCCCGGGGUGCCGGCCCCCGCCCCCACGGGCCUCCCCCUGCCCCGGGAGAUCCCCUUUGGAGAACUCCAGCUCGAAGAAAUCAUCGGCGUCGGGGGCUUCGGCAAAGUCUACCGGGCCAGGUGGCAGGGGGAGGAGGUGGCCGUCAAGGCUGCCAGGCUGGACCCCGAGAGGGACCCGGCCGUCACCGCGGAGCAGGUGGCCAGGGAGGCCCGGCUCUUCGGCGCUCUGCGCCAUCCCAACAUCAUCGCCCUGCGGGGCGCCUGCCUGCGGCCCCCCCAUCUCUGCCUGGUCAUGGAGUACGCCCGAGGAGGGCCGCUGAGCCGGGCCCUGGCCGGCCGCAGGGUGCCCCCCCACGUGCUGGUCAACUGGGCCGUCCAGGUGGCCCGGGGCAUGGAGUAUCUGCACAGCGGGGCGCCCGUACCCAUCAUCCACAGGGACCUCAAGUCCAUCAACAUCCUCAUCUUGGAUGCAUUCGAGAACGGGGACCUGUCAGACACCGUCCUCAAGAUCACGGACUUCGGCCUGGCCCGGGAGUGGCACAAGACCACCAAGAUGAGCGCGGCCGGGACGUACGCUUGGAUGGCCCCCGAGGUCAUCCGGCUGUCCCUCUUCUCCAAGAGCAGUGAUGUCUGGAGCUUUGGAGUGCUGCUCUGGGAGCUGCUGACGGGGGAAGUGCCGUACCGGGAGAUCGACGCGCUGGCCGUGGCUUACGGGGUGGCCAUGAACAAGCUGAUGUUGCCCAUCCCCUCGACCUGCCCAGAGCCCUUCGUGCACCUGCUGGAGGAGUGCUGGGACCCCGAGCCCCACCAGCGGCCAGAUUUCAGCAGCAUCCUGAGCCGCCUGGAGGCCAUCGAGCGGUCGGCCCUGUUCCAGAUGCCUCUGGAAUCCUUCCACUCCCUCCAGGAGGACUGGAAACAAGAGAUUCAACACAUGUUCGAUGAUCUUCGGACCAAGGAGAAGGAGCUCCGGAGCCGGGAGGAAGAGCUGCUGAGAGCCGCCCAGGAGCAGAAGUGGCAGGAGGAACAGCUCCGGCGGCGGGAGCAGGAGCUGGCCGAGCGUGAGAUGGACAUCGUGGGCCGCGAGCUGCACCUGCUCAUGGACCAGCUGAGCCAGGAGCGGCCUCGGGUCAAGAAGCGCCGGGGCCACUUCAGGCGCAGCCGCCUCAAACUGAGGGACAGCAACAACAUCAGCCUGCCCUCAGGCUUCGAGCACAAGAUCACCGUCCAAGCCUCUCCCACGACACUGGACAAGCGGAAAGGGCUGGCGCCUGAGGGCGUGAGCCCCCCCGCCAGCCCCAGCAUCAUACCCCGGCUCCGCGCCAUCCGCUUGACGCCCGUGGAGAGCGCCAGCGGCCGGAGCGCGGCUCUGAAGAAAGAAGAACUCGUCACCGGCAAGAAGAAGGGCCGGACGUGGGGGCCCAGCUCCACCCUGCAGAAAGAGCGCCUCGGUGGGGAAGAGAGGCUGAAGGCGCUCGGGGAGGGCAGCAAGCAGUGGUCAUCCAGUGCCCCGAACCUGGGCAAGUCUCCCAAACACAUGCCCAUGGCCCCGGGCUUCUCCAGCCUCACGGAGAUGGAAGAGUUUGCCGAAGCCGACGGGACCAGCGUGCCCCCUUCCCCCUACACCCCCCCGUCCUACCUCACCUUGCCUCUGCCCGCUGAGGCUCCUCCAAGCCCCUGGGAGCCGCCUCACCCUGCCACGGGACCCCCGGCUCGGGGCGGGGCCCCCCGAAAGCGCAGCGAGCUGGCCCUGCUGAGAUGCGCCACCAUCCUGGGGGCCGUGGCCUUGGGCACCGACGUGGCCGAGGCCCAAGCGGCCGACGGAGACGACGAGCCCCGAUGGUGGAGGGACGGGCUCUUCCCCCGGACGCCUCGCUUCCCCCGGGGACCCAGCCCGCCCGGGCGCAGGGCCCGUUGCCACGGCCGAGGGGCGGCGGAGGAGGCCGCCCCGGCCCCGGCCCCCGGCAUGGUGCCCUCGGCCACCAUCCUCUCCCUGUCCUCUCUCUCCGACUGCAAUUCCACGCGAUCCCUGAUCCGGUCAGACAGCGACGAGGGGACCCCAGCCUCGGCCCUCGGGAGCUCCCCACCAAGCACACCUGCCACCAACCCCCUGGUGGACCUGGAGGUGGAGAGCUUCAAGAAGGACCCUCGCCAGUCGCUCACUCCCACCCACGUCACAGCCGCCCGAGCUGUGAGCCGAGGGCACCGCCGGACCCCGUCGGACGGGGCUCUGAGGCAGCUGGUGCAGUGCCACCAGCGACCAGGACCUGAGGUCCCCAGGGACCCCCUGGAAUUCCCCCGCCUGCCUGACCCCCAGACGUUGUUUCCCCCUCGACGAAGGCCUCCCCCCGAACCUCCGGGCCGGCCCACCACUCUGACCUUUGCCCCUCGGCCAAGACCAGCUGCCAGCCGGCCCCGGCUUGACCCUUGGAAAUUGGUCUCCUUCAACAGAACACUGAGCGGCUCUUCCCCUCCUGCACCCGGGACACCAGGCACCCCGGGGCCCCAGCCUAGCCUGCUUGACAUGGACACAGAAGGGCAGAGCCAGGACAGCACGGUGCCCCUCUGCGGGGCCGUGCCCACCUUCUCUGACCCCGAGGCCGAUGUCUCCCACUGAAUGUACAGCCCUGGCCUGUGGGUGCUGCCCCCAUGGGGCGCAGAGGCCCGGACAGGGACUGACGCUAUGUAUUUAUUGGGGAGGGGGGUGGGAGGGGAAAGUGGCUAAUAUAAGUUCCUUGUCUUGUA